AUCUAAUCUGGCUUCGCACAACUCUCGCGUUUACAUUGGCGCCUGCAGGCUAUACUCAAAACCAUGAUCACUUUCUCCUCAUUUCCUGCUCCUCCACAAGACAACUAUACUUUCGGAGUUCAACAAUCCCCGGGACUUGAUAACGAUGUCGAAAUGGACUUGAAUCUCGAUGACGACGAAUUUGAAUCAUCGGGUAGAAGACUAACGUAUCCUGGCGAAGCGAUUACUUCAUCACAAGCGUUCAUGCGUGGACAUGGUACAUAUGUUGACCACGAGGAGGUCAUAGCAUCUGUCUCAGGGACUGUUGAACGUGUCAACAAGUUGAUCUCAGUACGUGCAAUAAGAACAAGAUACAAUCCCGAAGUUGGUGAUCUCAUAGUGGGCAGAAUCACCGAGGUCCAACCUCGUAGAUGGAAGGUCGAUGCAAAUUCUAGGCAAGAUGCCGUUCUCAUGUUAUCCUCCGUUAAUCUUCCUGGCGGUGUUCAGCGACGAAAACUUGAAAGCGAUGAGUUACAAAUGAGAACAUUUUUCGAAGAAGGUGAUCUCCUUGUUGCCGAAGUACAGGCUUUCUUCGCCGAUGGUGCCAUGUCACUACAUACACGUUCGCUAAAGUAUGGCAAGCUACGCAACGGUCAAUUAGUGACCGUACCCCCGGCCCUGAUCCGGAGACUGAAGUCACACUUCUUGACAUUGCCCUGUGGUGUCGAUCUUAUUCUUGGACUGAACGGAUACAUUUGGAUCAGUAAGCACGUGAAACAAAGCGAACAGGAGGGAGAGGAAGGAUUUGAUGCAGAAGCUGUGUAUUCGAAUCGCAAUGAUGAAAUUGAUGAUGCUACACGGAGCGCAGUCUCUCGUGUGAGUAACAUCAUACGAGUUCUCGCAACGCACUUCGUUCCUUUGACUGAUAGUAUACUGUUGAACGCAUAUGAGUGGGCUGUGGAACAGGAAGGCGACGUCAAAGAUUUAUUGCAAGAGGAUAUUGUUCGCUGCGUGUUACUAUGCAACAACGAUAAUAGUGUGUAUGAAGUGUAAUGAUAUGGACAUUUAAUCCUCUUCGUCCUCUUCGGAAGUUGUAUCUCCGUUGUCAUUGUCUUCUGUAUCAUCGUCGACCUCUUCAUCGUCAGUAGGUUCCGGUGGUGGUGGUGGCGGUUGUGGCUCCUGGGGUACGGCGGCAGGGGCGUGAUUCGCAGCA